AGUGCAUUUUGUCGUCUGAAGGAAAAGCCGUAAACCUCGAUAGUGCAGAACACUCUAUUUAGCAGACAAAAACCAAAACUACAAAACAAAAAAAAAAAACUGAUGAAAUUGUUAAAAGACUUCUAUCCUUUUCUCAAGGUCUGAAACCUCCCAUUUGAAAGCAGAAACGGAGAGGGAGAAGGAGAAGGAGAAGGAAAAGGAGAAGGCAGACGAAACUCCCAAUGACUCCCUUGCAAUAUCCUGAGGCAUCACGGGCAUCAUGCAGCUUUUUUUAAGAGGGACAGCGGCCGUUCUGGGCAGGCUAGGGCGUCCUUCGCCCAGGUGGACACCCGGAAGGAGGGAAAGCGGCGGAAGGACAGAUAUAACAAGGAGAUCCGUGAACACCUGGUCUCCCUUGGCCUCGGCUUUCAACGCGAAGCCGAAUAAACUGCUGAGCCUCCACUUCACGAAGGGGGCGACGGGCUUGUUUGGUCUCCCAGAGCUGCAUGAACCUGAAGGCUUCUAUUUGCUCAAGGAAAAUGCAGUGCGAGAAGCAGAGUCUCUGGUGGCCGAGUGCUGCUCUCCGGAAAGGUCACGCAAAAUGGUGGAGGUCUUUGAUCACCUUUCAGAUACUCUCUGUCGUGUUGCUGAUUUGGCCGAGUUUAUCCGUAUGGCACAUCCUCAUGCCCGCUACUCCCAUGCUGCAGAGGAUGCAAGCAUUGCCAUAGGUGGACUUGUUGAACAGUUAAAUACUCACCGACAGUUAUAUGAUAAUCUGAGGGAGGUCGUAAGGAAUGGUGACAUUUUCCCAACCACAGAUGUUGAUCGGCACGUGGCCAAGCUCUUCCUCUUCGACUUUGAGCAGUCAGGCAUCCACUUGGACGAGACCAAGCGGUGCCGUGUGGUAGCCCUGAACGAGGCGAUCCUCACCCUCGGGCAGCACUUCAUGAACGGCUCCCUCCAGUCCCGAGCGAUUCCCAAGAAGAAGCUGCCUGAGUCCAUAAGACAGCACUUUGCCAUAGACGGAGACAACAUAGUGGUAACAGGCCUGUACGCAGACGCUCACAUGGAAAUCACAAGGGAGGCUGCUUACAAGAUCUUCCUACACCCUGACCAGCAUCAGGAGUACCUUCUGACAGAGCUGCUCACCAGACGGCAUGAGAUGGCCACCAUCUGUGGCUUCAAAUCGUAUGCCCACAGUCAUUGUAUUAACACUGCCCUCCGGGAAAUGAGAGAAGCAAAUAAACCAGUUUAUAAAUCAGUGAUUAUAAACCACAAAAUGCUUUUACAGGACCUAGCUCCCUGGGAUGUGCCUUACUUCACUGGCCAGGCGAGGCAGAGCAAGUUCUCCAUGAGUGGAAGUGAUCUCGCACCAUACUUCUCUCUAGGGGCAGUUAUGGACGGACUCAGCAGCCUGCUUCGGAAUCUGUAUAACGUCUCCCUGAAAGUGCAGGAGCCGUUGCCUGGGGAACUCUGGACCAGCGAUGUGUAUAAGCUGGCUGUGAUGCAUGAAACGGAAGGCCUCUUGGGCUACAUCUACUGCGACUUCUACGAGCGCAUUGGCAAAGCCCAUCAGGACUGCCACUUCACCAUUCGGGGUGGGAAGCUGCUCCCCAAUGGGACGUACCAAGAUCCGAUUGUGGUUCUUCACCUGAACCUCCCUGCUCCCACCUGGUCCACCCCCUCUCUGCUCACGCCCGGCAUGGUGGAGAAUCUGUUCCAUGAGAUGGGUCAUGCACUGCACUCAAUGCUCGCAAGAACGCAGUAUCAGCACGUGACAGGAACACGCUGCAGCACAGAUUUUGCAGAAGUUCCCUCGAUCCUGAUGGAGUUUUUUGCUAUGGACCCCAGAGUCCUGCGCACCUAUGCCCGCCAUUACAAGACAGGAGAGCCCAUCCCUGACACACUGCUUGAAAAACUGGUAGCAUCCAAGUCUGUGUUCGCUGCUUCGGAAAUGCAGCUGCAGACCUUCUACUCUAUGCUUGACCAGCGUUACCACAGUGAAGAACGUUGGGAUUCAACCACAACCACAACACAGAUAUUAGAGAAAGUGCAGAAUGAAUAUUAUGGGCUUCCUUAUGUCCCCAAUACUGCAUGGCAGCUGAGGUUUGGUCACCUUGUUGGCUAUGGAGCAAAAUACUAUGCAUACCUGGUGUCUCGCGCUGUGGCCUCCUGGAUCUGGCAGAAGUAUUUUGUAGAUAAUCCAUUCAGCAGGGAUAUGGGCGAGAAAUAUCGCCAGGAAGUGCUAGCUCAUGGAGGAGGGAAACCCCCCCGAGCUAUGGUGGGAGAGUUCCUCGGCCGAGAGGUGACAGCAGAGAGCAUGGUGGAGGCCCUCAGGACAGAUUUGGAGUCAAAGAAAGAGAGGGUGGAGAUAAUCACUGCAAAGUAGGAUGGGUUCUUUGGAUUUAUGGGGUAUUGCAAAUGAGGGCCCAGGCAUUUUGAUAUUGAAUAUUGAGGUAUCUUGAAAGAGGGUAUAAUAUUUGGAUAUUACUGGACUGUGAGCGUAUUUUGAGAGACUACUUUCUCACUGCAAAUGAAGACACUAGUAAGAGAUUUUAGUUGUCUGUCAAUAUGUACAAAAAAAAUACAGAUAAUGUUAUGAUGUUAUGUAUAUGUUUUAUUGCAUCAGGUGCUGUAUUUUUAGGAUGAAAAUAAAGCAUUAUAGGAAAUUUUUUU